GUGACACCACACCUACGACCCCGGAAUUCUGUGAUUUUGGGUCUGAAACAGAGAAUACGUUUCUUGAAAAAUGGAUGAGGAGCCCGAGAGAACGAAGCGGUGGGAAGGUGGCUACGAGAGGACGUGGGAGAUUCUUAAAGAAGAUGAGUCGGGAUCCCUGAAAGCCACGAUAGAGGACAUUCUCUUUAAGGCAAAGAGAAAAAGAGUGUUUGAGCACCAUGGACAAGUUCGCCUGGGAAUGAUGCGCCACCUUUAUGUGGUGGUAGAUGGAUCAAGAACCAUGGAAGACCAAGACCUAAAGCCCAACAGACUGACGUGUACUUUAAAGUUACUAGAAUACUUCGUGGAGGAAUAUUUUGAUCAAAAUCCUAUUAGUCAGAUUGGAAUCAUCAUUACAAAGAGUAAAAGAGCUGAGAAACUGACGGAACUCUCAGGAAACCCAAGGAAACAUAUCACAUCUUUGAAGAAAGCUGUAGAUAUGACCUGCCACGGAGAACCGUCUCUUUAUAAUUCCUUGAGUAUGGCCAUGCAAACGCUAAAGCACAUGCCGGGACACACAAGUCGGGAAGUCCUGAUCAUCUUCAGCAGCCUGACAACUUGCGACCCAUCCAACAUCUAUGAUUUGAUCAAGAGCCUCAAGGCAGCGAAGAUCAGGGUGUCUGUUAUCGGCUUGUCUGCAGAGGUGCGAGUGUGCACGGUCCUCGCUCGGGAGACAGGGGGCACAUACCACGUUAUCUUAGACGAGAGUCAUUACAAAGAACUGCUGACACACCAUGUCAGCCCGCCCCCUGCCAGUUCAAGCUCGGAGUGCUCACUCAUUCGGAUGGGAUUUCCCCAGCACACCAUUGCUUCCAUGUCCGAUCAAGACGCAAAACCCUCUUUCAGCAUGGCGCAUUUGGACAGCAGCUCUGAGCCAGGGCUGACAUUAGGAGGCUAUUUCUGUCCCCAGUGUCGGGCCAAGUACUCUGAGCUGCCUGUGGAAUGCAAAAUCUGCGGCCUCACGCUGGUGUCUGCGCCCCACUUGGCACGGUCUUACCAUCAUCUAUUCCCGUUGGAUCCUUUUCAAGAAAUACCCCUGGAAGAAAACAAAGGAGAAAGAUUUUGCUGUGGCUGUCAAGGAGAGCUGAAAGACCAGCAUGUGUACGUGUGCUCUGCGUGCCGGAACGUCUUCUGCGUGGACUGUGAUGUUUUUGCCCACGACACUCUGCACUGCUGUCCUGGCUGUAUUCAUAAAGUGCCGACUCCCUCAGGACUGGAUUCCAGCAUGUAGUGUACGUUGUGUGUGGG